CCGGCAACGGGCGGCCCUGCCCGCGCUCUUCUUCUUGUGUUGCCUGUCGCCUCGGGGCGGUUGAAAAUUAACCGAAGCGGACACCGCGACGAGGCCGCGGCGGACACACAGCCGGACCGGACACCAGCGCCAGCGUAGCGGCAGCGGCACGCCCGAGGAAGCAAGCAAGCCACUACGCCCCUGCGUCGUCGCGUCGGUGCCCAAGGGGCAGCCGCCGGGAGGGAGGGAGGGGCAUCGAAGCGGAGGCCACGGCGGUCGGGAUGGUGGUGGCGAGAAAACCGCAGCAGCAGCCCGCAGGCGUCGCCCGCCGGCGCGGUGGCGGCGUCAGGGUGGGGCCCGCGAGGCUCGAGGGCCUCCCCGCGGCGUGGGCGGGCGCCGCCGCCGCCGCCGUCAAGGUCAAGUGGCCCGCGCCCGGGGGCGCGCUGUCGCAGAUGCUGACGGGGCGGUGGGCGCGCGGGGUGACCGCCGUCGAGGCCGUCGGCGCCGGCGGGACCGUCCGCUGGGAGCCGCGCGACGGCAACCGGUUCAGGCUCGACGACGUCGUCGGCCCCGCCGGCCGGCCGGAGCGCGGGGUCUUCUUCUCCGUCCUCUAUGGAUUCCAAGAACAAGGCCGGGGCAACAAGGAGCUGGUGAGGCUGGAGGAGAUCGGGACAGCCAUGAUAAGCCUGGAGGAGUGCUGCUGGGAGAUGCAGCUGCAGCAGCACGACCACCAGCUGGUGGCUGUCCCCGUCAGGGUCAGGAAGGACGGAUGGGCAAGCGAUGCCAUGCUUUAUGUGGACGUGGAGCUCGUGGACGCGAACACACGCCCGGACGUCGAUAGGGCAGUCUCGUUCAGGGAGAAGCCGAGAACGUACAUGGCGCCUCCGCCGACAAUGCGAGGUAGCCGCAAGAGCUUGGAGUCAGCGACGUGCCAUGAUGUCCUUGACCUGAAGCAGCUGCUUGAUCUGGCUGAGAAGGAAGGCCGGGUGGCCGUGUAUGGCAACAUAAGGAGCUCCGACACCAGCAGCGUGAGCAGCACUAGCAGCAGCAGCAGCACGAUUAGCGUCAGCAGUGCUAGCACCAGCGGCGGCGCGAGCCCGGAACCGGCCUCGACGUCGAAGCGCCGGUUCCUGCCAUGGACGAGGAGGAGCAGGGACUUCGACAAGAGGACCGCCGAGUCGCUCUCCCAAGAACUGCCCACAAAGUGCACGGUGAGCCUCCUCCUGGCACGUGAUGGAAAUGAAAUGCUACGUUCCUCGUCAUGUGCACCGGCGCUGAUCUUGUCACGGCGGGCGACGAACCCUGCGCAGGACGACGGUCCGGGUCCGGCCGGCGGCUGGGAGACGCGCGAGUUCACGAGCAGGGACGCCGAGACGAGGCUGAGGACGCCGGUGUUCUUCGCGUCCAUCGACCAGCGCGACGGCAGCGCUGGGGGGGAGGGCGCGUGCGCGGCGCUCGCCGCCGUCCUCGCGGCGGCGCUCCACGCCGGCCACCCGGCGAUGCCCACCCGCCCGGAGCUGGACGCGCUCAUCCGGGACGGCUCGUCGGAGUGGAGGCGGCUCUGCGACGACGAGGCGCGCGCGGCGCGGUUCCCCAACCGGCACCUCGACCUGGACACCGUGCUGGCGUCCCGGGCGUGGCCCAUCGCGGUGCGGCACGACAGGGCCUUCGUCGGCUUCUUCCAGCCGGAGAGCUUCGCGUCGCUGUCCGGCGCCAUGUCGUUCGACGACAUCUGGCGCGAGAUCGCCGGCGGCGGCGGACGUGGGCGCGGGCCGGGCGGCCGCGCGGACGUGUACAUCGUCAGCUGGAACGACCACUUCUUCGCGCUCAAGGUGGAGAGCGACUGCUACUACGUCGUCGACACGCUCGGCGAGAGGCUGCACGAGGGCUGCGACAAGGCCUACAUGCUGAGGUUCGACGGCUCGUCGGAGAUGCGGGCCGAAGGCACCGAAGAGGUGGUCGUCGCCGGGAAGGAAUGCUGCAGGGAGUUCAUCAAGAGGUUCCUGGCCGCCAUCCCGCUGAGGGAGGAGCUGGAGAUCGAGAAAAAGGGCGGCAGCGGCAUCGACGGUGGCGGCGCGCCGCACCAGCGGCUGCAGAUCGAGUUCCACUUCACAGCCUUUACAAGACGACAAUAGAUGAUGAGUUGGCGAUCCGACAGCAGUUGGGGGAUGUUCCUUCCUCCUCCCUGAUCACAGCAUCAUACUAACCUUGUGUAAAUUCGUCUGUAUAUCUGUAUACAGUUUACAAGAUAAAAAUUUACAGGGUAGGAUUUGGUUCUCGUUUCACAAUUUUAGAUAGGAAACAAAACAUGAAGAGGAAUACCAUUUUGUAAGCGAGCUCAGUAUUACAUGAUUUUGCUUCUGUUGAA